GGAAGUUACCGGAAGUUUCUACGUGUGCACUUUCGCGACAAUCCAGGAAGCGUUUUACUAACAGUUACAGAGACGAAAGGCAAAGCUGUUCUGUUUCGAGGGGGAUUCAAACAAUAUCAGGCACCAUGCUGCCGACCACCCUGCCACACAUUAACGGCGACCCGAGCGACAGGGACGCCGCACGUCACACAGCAGGCGCCAAGCGCUACAAAUACCUGCGGCGACUGCUCCAUUUCAGACAUAUGGAUUUUGAGUUCGCCAUCUGGCAGAUGCUUUACCUGUUCACGUCGCCGCAGAGGGUCUACCGCAACUUCCACUACAGGAAACAGACCAAGGACCAGUGGGCCAGAGAUGAUCCUGCAUUUCUGGUCCUUCUCAGCAUCUGGCUGUGUGUCUCAACGAUAGGCUUUGGUCUUGUUCUGGACAUGGGGGUAGUGGAUACCCUGAAACUGCUGCUGUGGGUGGUCUUUGUUGACUGCAUAGGUGUUGGUCUGCUCAUAUCAACCCUCAUGUGGGUUAUCAGCAACAAAUACCUGCUGAAACACCCAAGCAAAAACUUUGACGUCGAGUGGGGCUAUGCAUUCGAUGUUCAUCUAAAUGCUUUCUACCCACUUCUGGUCAUCCUGCAUUUUCUGCAGCUUUUCUUUAUCAACCAUGUUGUGGUAAUAAACUCAGAUUGGUUCGUGGGUUACUUUGUUGGAAACACUUUGUGGCUCAUUGCCAUCAGUUAUUACCUCUACAUCACCUUCCUGGGUUACAACGCUCUACCCUUCCUGACGAACACCGUGGUGCUCCUCUACCCCUUCGCUCUGCUCGGCCUCAUCUACAUCCUCUCUUUAUCUCUGGGCUGGAACUUCACCUACGGCCUCUGCUGGUUUUACAAAUACAGAGUCAAAUAGGAGGCUUUUUAAUUUGAAAUCGGAUGCUAGCUGGCUCCGGCGCGGUCUCGAACACAAAAAUAAAAAGACUUCCACUUUCA